CUGGCGCUACGCCGCUACGCCGGCGCUGCUGCCGCGCUGGUGCUGCUGGUCGAGGCGCUGCCGGCGGAGCGUAGCGCCAGUUUGUUGCGAGCCCCUUUGCCUGUGUGCACACCCCCGACACGGGUAGGAGGGCAGUGGACGGGCACGCCAGCAGCAGCACAGCGACACGGCCCGGCCGGCCCGCCGCGACAGGCGCCCCGCGACAGACACGCGGCACGGCACGCGCGCCCCGACCCCUCGUGCCGCCGAGCAGCGCGGCCCUCGCCGAGCCUGACCCGACGGACCACCUCACGUCCCCGCCUGCCGCCGCAGAAGAGGUUUUCGCUGCCCGAGCCAGAGAUCCUCGCGGCACCAUCGCGGUGCGGUUACCCCCUGCUGCUGUUUCACGAGCUCAACGGUCCGCUUACGGCUGAUUCUUCCCAACGGAGAUGGAGUGAGACGCGCCCCUGCAAUGAAGACGGAGAUGAAGACACACUGUGCAGGUCUUGUUGCAGGCGCCGAGGACGGCGAGGCGUUCACCGUGGCGGGGGAGGGCCUCGCCGGCUUCGCGGCCGGGCUGACGGGCCGCUCCUGGAUCGACGAUGACUGGCGCCUCGACGCCGAGCUGGACGACCUGGACGAGAUGGAGGAGGCCCUGAGCUCGGUGGGCUCGCCUGCGCCGUCGUCCUCGCCGGACUCGCCAUCGCCCACGCCGCAGUCCAUGCAGCAAGCCUCCGGCGAGCAGGGCGGGGUGCGCGGGGGCGGCGCCAGGUGGCAGCGGGGCGGGCGCACUGGGGAAGUGUCGCCGCCGCCCAUGCGAGCGCCGUCAGCGCGCGCUGCAGCCAGGGCCGCCUCCCGCCCAACCAGCGCAACGGGUGUGGACGCGAAUGGGACGGGCCGGUCCGGCUCCAGGGCGCGUUCCAGGGCCAGCCGCUCCAGGCGGAGGAAGCCCACCCUCAACGCCCGCGAGCGCAACGCGCGCCGCCUGGAGAGCAACGAGCGCGAGCGGAUGCGAAUGCACAGCCUCAACGACGCGUUCCAGGCACUGCGCAACGUUAUUCCGCACGUGAACGUCGAGCGUCGCCUCUCGAAGAUUGAGACCCUCACCAUGGCCAAGCACUACAUCCUGGCGCUCACCAAGACCAUCAGCGAGAUGCGCAACAGCCAGCGCAACCAGGUGGUGCCCGCGCCCUCCUCGCUGUCAGUGCUCGACCUGGACAGUAGCAUGGACGAGGACAACCUGAGCGUCGUCAACAACCUGAUGCAGCAGUACGUCGACAAGCUGCCGCUCUCCGACUCGCCCAUGGGGCUGGACUUGUGCCCCUCGGACGCGGACGGCAGCGGCAGCAGCGCGGCGGGGUCGGCGGUCUGCGGCGGUGGCGGCGGUGUGCAGAACCUGCAGGACGCCCUGGUGCUGCAGGACUCGGGCCUGGGGGACGGAUACAACUCGGGCUACAACUCAAGCGACCCGGACGGCGAUGUGGACGCCGACGUGGAUGUCGAGGCCCUCGUCGGUCAAACCGUCGUCCCCGACGAAAUCUUGGCCUUCGAUCCCGUGCUUCUGGUCCCCUCCGAGUGGUACGGAGAGGACCCCUCCCCUACCCCCGCGCCCCCUUGCGCCUCCGUGCCCACGACGUCCACGAGCUGCCCGACCCGAAGCGUCGCGACGCCGCCCGACGCGAGCCCGCGCCUGCUGCAGGUACAGUGGCGCAAGGAUUAGGGGCUCAGCCGCAGCGAGCGCAGCACGGGGGAGCUGGGCCCUUCAGUUAGCUACCCUUGGGUGGAAGACGUUACGUGUGUAUAUUCCGACAUAGCUGACCAGGUGUCAUAGAAGAGCGGCUAAAAAGGCUUCACUAGCAAAAAGUUUCAAUUCGAUUUUCUUUAGGGGAUUCUUCAUCAUUCAUCAUUUUCCAAAGGGUCCUUUGAGUUGAAAGUAAUUAAAUCAGCUCAUUUAAUCUCUCAUAUUUAUGUGCAGAACAAACUGUGUUUUUUGAAAGUUCUUUUGCCAAAUCUGGUGUAUGCCCGCGUUUGUUAGUGAUGUGAUUAGUGCCAUAUUAUUACAAAACUUUCCAGUGGUUCAGCACUUUACUUUAGAACACAAUAAUGGUUUAUCCUGGAAUUACCUGAGAGGAUUCAUUUUAACAUGUCAAAAGAAUAUUCCGUUCUAGGGAAGAUAGUUCGGUAGUUGUACUUACAAUUGUAUUAAUAAAUAAGAACUAUUAACAAUAAGACAACCUGCUGUAAAUAAAAACAAGGUCAGAAUUUUACCAAAAAAAAACUAGCUUUAAAUAAAGUGUGAAGUAAAAUGUUAUUGUAAGUAGUCCUUGUAUAGGAAUUUUAUGUGAUUUUAUUAGAAGUUAUUUAAUGAGUAUACGCUUAUAGUAACAACUACAUUUAGAGCUCAAUUAAGAUUUCCCCUUCAGGUUGUAUGUGAAAUGGUUGAAAUUUAAACCAUGUAUAUAAGAUGCUGAAGAGCAAAUGGGUCAAAAUGCACACAAAUUUUCGGAAAUUCAGAUCAUCCGGACUGUUUGACAUUGUCCCUCGUGGAGAGAAGGAGACUGAUGCAGCAUGGUGCGGAGUCUAUCUGCACUGGAUUGGUUUGAGACAUGUCAACCUCAUCUCUUUGUUUCCAACUUAAUUCUGCAAUGAAUUACAGAAGAAAGAAUUAUUUUUUGGACUUAUGUUAGUGACAUGCAUUGAGGAAGUAAGAGAUUGAUUGAUUUUAAACAACGUUGCACCAUCACCAUCACUUUUUCAAGUCUAAACAAGUGCAUGUGUUAAAUAUUUAAUUCAGUGAUUGUAGAGAUUAGUAAAAACUUUAGCUGCCAUAAAUGCAAAGUAUUGUUAACUUUUGCUUCUUUUGGUUGUCUAGUCUAUAAAAUUGUAGAUAUUAAGUUUAUGGUAUGCAAUACAAACCUAGUGUUCAGCUUCUGUAGAUAUGCAUUUUGAUUUUGUUUUUAGUCAUCUAUUUUGGUCACUGUGACCUAAAAACUGUUUUUUGUUUGUUUCUCAGUUGUACAACAGCUGAUUUAAAUGCUGCCAUGUAAUUUUGGCCAGUAAUGUCUUAUGCUACUGUGUACAGACCGGUGGAGCCCCUUGUGGAACCGUUUUGGGUAGUGAAACCUUGUUUAUUCCCUUGGCCUCGGCUGGUAAUGGUAUGGGAGAGUGGGGCACAUUUUUUGGAAAUUAUCAUCUAGCAGUCCUACUUUAGGUAGCAUUACGGAUUUCAGGGUUGGUGUGCCUCUAUUCAACCUUCAGUCACAAGAAACCAUACCCCUUCAAAAAUAUUUGUGUUGUCUCUCAAAUUAUCUCGAGAAGAGACCUCUGCAAUUGUAUGUGCCCCGGGGGUGGGGCACUAGCUGUCACCAUUUCUAUAUUGGUAUAUAUCUCAUGGGAGAAGUGGAUUUUCAAAAUGGUCUUGAUGGCUGGAAAUGAAGUGUCAAUGGAAGCAUGUCACCCCUAGUAAAAAUUACACUUAAACCAUUCCUGCUACAACAAAUCAUAAAAUGAAUGACAGUACCUGCCCCCAUUUUGGGGAAUUUGGGGGAAUUACAGUCACAGAAUCUUUGGAUGUACGCUGCUGCCAUACCACUGAAAGUUUUUGUCACCCCCAUCUUGCAAACAAAUUAAGAUGUAAAGAGGUUAUGAUUUCACAAAUUUGCUGUCUGAAAAAGUGAAUGGGCUGGUAUUGCCAGCCUGUUGACAGUAUGUACCCCUGACAGUUGGUGCCACACUCUCUCCCUUACAUUAAUCCAUUUUUAGCAAAGAAAAAGUAAUUUCUCCCAAAUUUUCUUUAUGAGACAAAAGGUGCGACUUGAUAAUCUGAAUGGGGCAAGACACAAGAUUAAUCUGGCAAUAAUUUCCCUCAUAAUUUUUUUUUCCAGAAUAAAAGGAAAUUAAACAAAUUUCAAUCUUUGAAGAGCCAUGAAUGAACAUUGGCAUUACUACCUUUCCAAGACAGCUCUGACAAUCAUCAGAGAAACCUUCACAAAGUUUCAAAAUGUUGACAUUACAGCAUAUUAUUUAACCUAGAUUAUUUUCAUGAGAAGUUUCCAGCUAUAAUUAAAAAAAAAUUAUAGCCUAGAAGUCAAGAGAGUAGAUAUAUAAGCCCUAAAGCUCAAAGAUAGUAGGCUAACAGGCCUAUGUAUUUUUUAAGGCUUUUCGCUUUUGCUUUUGUUACGAACUUGUAUAAAAGCUUGAAUUCAGUUGAUUUAAAAAAUGAACUAUAGUAAAAAAAAGUGAGGUCUCUCGUACCUCAGCAAUCAGGAUAGAAACUUUCAGGAUUUUCAAAUUAAUUUUUACCUUCACUGUUGAUAUUGUUAUAGGUCAAGCUUGAAAUCGGGUGUUUGAAAACCUCAGUGAAGUGUGACCAUAUUGUGUACAUAACUGAAACAUUUUCCCACCUCUAUUAAUCCUCUCACACUACUGUAAUGUGUUAAUCAGUGCAAGGAGUUUUUAACAUACCUGAUUGUAUUGAAACUACAUGACUACCAGCCUGGCAAAUGUAAGUUUUUGAGUGACUGUAGAGGGUAUCCCGCUAGAUGACAAAGAAUUUCAGACAUCACCCAAAACAUACAUUUAUCCAAGUCUAAGAUGUAUGACUGAGAGAAGAGAAAAAGAUAACAAGUUUUUAUGAAUUCAACUGAAACUCACUGUAUGCCAAAAUAAUGUCAAUUUUCAUCAAUUAUCAUGAAAGAAUAGAUUGCAACUCAGUAGAAUAGUCAAGCCAGCCAUACAGCAGAGAAUUGAACCAAGAAGACACUUAUUUUCCAAUUGGUUCUCGUUAAUUGAGGGGGACUAAUAAAAAAGGCUUCUGCUGGAAAUAUUACUGUUGUGUAAUUCAAUGGGCAGCUCGCAAAUUGAGUUGCAUUUGCAUUUAUCUUUAAGCUGUGUGCUUAAAAAGCUUAAUACUUGUUCUUUAAGAGAAACUUCUAGUAAAUUGUCUUGAGAAAAUUCAUGUUUUUCUGUAGGUUUAGAUGUUAUGUUUUGUUGGAGAUUGUGUGGCUGUAAAACAAUAAAAAUAAAUACUGUAGAAAAAGCAGA